UAAUAAUAUUGUUCAAAUACUAAUUUUAAUUUGGAUAUUGCAAUAGAAACAAUUAAUCUGUGUAAUUAAAUGUUAUCGUAUUGACGAGUUGACGACUAAUAAUCCGUGUUGAGUAAUCGUUAUCAGUGUGUAUUACUGUGAUUACAAAUUGUCAAAAUUGAUUGAGCUCGCCUCUUGUAAUUUGAUAAACUGUUAGAAAAUACUGUGUUGGGUUCUACACAGCUGUGUCAGCCAUGAGUGAGCGACCACAGCCUCUGAAGGCCGUCAACAAGCUCUUUGAGGGCAAAGAGCCAUGGCAGAUAGUCACGAUGACUGCAUCCUCAGUGCUCGCCAUUGUGUGGGCACAUAGCUUGUACAAUGCCAAAGAAAGUGUCACAACGCGUCUUCGCAAGGAAUUCUUCAGAUGGCUUCGUCAGGUGCCGAUAGUCAGGAGGAAAAUUGAGGAGAAGAUGGCAGAAAUCAACAGUGACUUCCGAAAGGAUGUGGCCAAGAGGUUAGCUGGUGUGACAGUCAGGAGAGAACUGCCAGAGCAUGGACUGGACUCCGAACAGGUGAUGGAGGAAGUCAGGGACCAUGUGGCGCUAGGUGCCUACGACUGGCAAGGGGGUAGCGUAUCAGGCGCAGUGUACCACGUAAGCAAAGAGAUCAGUAAAGUGGCGUGUGAUGCCUACAGCCUCACUGCAUAUACGAACCCUCUACACGCUGACGUGUUCCCCGGCAUCAACAAGAUGGAAGCUGAAAUAGUCAGGAUGGCCAUCAACCUGUUCCACGGAGACGAAGACUGCUGUGGUACGGUGACAACAGGCGGCACAGAAUCUAUAAUAAUGGCCUGUAAAGCAUUCAGGGACCUUGCAUACAGUAAGGGUAUCAGCAACCCACAAAUCGUAGUACCAUCCACCGUACAUACAGCCUUCGACAAGGCGGCUCAGUACUUAGGACUAUCUGUGAAGACGGUACCAGUGAACCCAGAGACCAUGACUGUUGAUAUUGAGAAGGUUAAGAAGGCUAUUAGUAGACGGACUUGUUUGAUCGUAGGCUCGGCUCCGAACUACCCCUACGGCACAAUGGAUGACAUCAUUGCCCUGUCAAAUAUCGCAAUCGAGAACGACGUUCCACUCCACGUGGACGCCUGCCUCGGAGGCUUUGUGGCCGCCUUCAUGCCUGACGCCGGGCAUAAUAUACCCGUCUUCGAUUUCCGUCUGCCCGGAGUCUCUAGUAUGUCUGCUGAUACGCAUAAAUACGGGUUUGCACCAAAAGGCACAUCAGUGGUCCUGUACCGUAAGGCGGAGUACAGACACCACCAGUACACCGUCACCACCGAGUGGCCCGGCGGAGUCUACGGCUCGCCCACUGUCAAUGGCAGUCGUGCGGGUGGUCUGAUAGCGGCGUGCUGGGCGACUAUGAUGUAUGUUGGCAAGGCGCGGUAUGUCACCAUGACUGACGAGAUCAUCAAGACUGCCAGACAUAUCGAGGAAGAGGUGCGUAAGAUCCCAGGUCUCUUCGUGUUUGGCAAACCGGCAACGUCAGUAAUAGCGUUCGGAUCAAACCAGUUUGACAUAUUCAAGAUGGCUGAACUACUACACAAAAAGGGGUGGAGCUUAAACGCUUUACAGUUCCCGUCUGGUAUCCACAUCUGCGUGACGCACGCGCACACCCAGACGGGCGUGGCGGCGCGGUUCCUGCAGGACAUGCGGGCCGCCGCCGCGGACUGUCUGGCCAACUCUAACGCACCCGUCGAGGGGAAGAUGGCAAUAUACGGCGUAGCUCAAGAGAUAUCGGACAGGAGUUUGGUAUCAGACAUCACGAAGUACUUCAUAGACUCCAUGUACUACCUACCUAAGGCAGACGACUAGUAUAACUUGGUCUACAUCACGAAAGUACCUUAUAAUUGCGGCCAUAGUUUUCAUUAGGCUAUAAUUACUCUCUACAUGUAUGUAUUGGUACAAUGUUUUUAAAAUAUGCUUAGAUAUGAAGUAUGAGAUGUUGGUAAGUAGUCAAAUUCAAUACUUAUUUUCAAAUGUCGACAAACGUUUCUAUGAGUAUCAUACUUUACAUAUAUUUCUCUUAAAUAAGAUUGAAAAACGCUAAAGGGGCCGGUCAAUUAUUAAGUAAGCACCAUGGGGGUGGGGGGGGGUCUCUGUUUUGCUUAUUUCGAAUGAUAUGGGGGGUAGGGGAGUCUAGAUGAUGAUUACGUCAUCGGUAGUUAUUUACUUUUUUACACGAACGGCAACCCUCAUAUUGAAAUUAUAAAU